AAAAAAAAAAAAAAAAAAGAGAGAGGGAGGGGGGAGAGUGAAUUGGGACCGUCGGAUUGAAUCGUUAUCGUAUCAAAGGAGGAAGUUCCGGCUCCGGCUCCGGCUCCGGCUCCGGCUCCGGCUCCAUCCACCGGCGUCUCUGCCCUGUGAUUCAACGCGCCGUCGUAUUUUGGUUCCUCUUCGCUUUGCGUAGCCGCAUCUUUCUGAUCCCGUUCUUAUGCUGUCUCCGAUUUCCGAAGAUCGGUGCAGUUCAGUAAUCGGGGAACUUUUAUAGGAGUACUCUGAUUGUGGGCGUCCGAAUUUUCCUGAAAGAUGAAUAAGCUUUUGGAAUUUGGGAGAAAAGCAAUUUUCUAUGUCAGAGUCCUCUCUGGGUAUGAACAGAGGAGAAUCCGCAAUUAUAGGUUGCAGCUCGAGAAGCGUAUUCAGCAGGCACAGCAGAAGAAAGCUGAGAUAAACAGACUACCAGAGCGGCUUAUAUUAUCUGAGGUCCGACGAAUGGUUGAGGAGAUGCAGAAUUUGAAUAAACAGCUCGAAGAAACGGAGGCUAAAAUUGAAGAGUACUUCAAACCAAUAGAUAAGCAAGCAGAGUCGAUAAUGGAGAUUCAGCUGCAAGGAGAGAAGAAAACCAUGGAGCAAAUGAUGUCAGCCACACAGGAUCAUACCUUUAAAAAGAUAGAAGAAGCGGAGAAACAUGCCAUGGCACGAAUUAACGCAAAGGCGGGUGAGAAGAAGCCAUAUUCAGAAACCUCAGCCAGCAAGCAGGCUCAAAGCAAGGUAAAGACAGAUUCUUCUUUGGGUUGACACAGCUGAGCAGUUUCAGAAUCUCCUCCCCCUAGUGGUUUUCUCUUGAAAUUACAAUGAUUGUUAAGUUGAUUAAGAUUAAAAUUGCAGCCUUUCGUCAGUUGUUUUUUUUUUUUGUAAAUAAAAUGGAAGAAAAUUUUGAAGGAUGGCGUAGAAACAUGUCAUGAUUGAGGUUGUUGGCUCCGCCAUGUAUUUGCUAGGUCUUGUGUACACGAACCUAUUACCGGUUUUCCUGCAGAUUGAAUUCAAAACGCUUCUCGUU